AUGGGUACCUCACGUUUCUCUCGUCAUAGAGGCCGCCCUCGUCACCAUAAUCCUCCUCCCCCUACUUCCUCCUCCGCCCGCGUCCCAGUUCCCGAUAUUGCACCCCCAAAAUAUCGGACCUGGAAUAUAGAAAUUCAAGACGUAGCGGUCUUCUUUGCAUUUGGCUUGCGCCGCCAGGAUUUCUUGAAUCCUCAUAAGGGUUGCGGCCGAAUGUCGAUCGGAGGAUGGGAGGCUUUAACAGAUUUGAUGAAUGAGCUGAUCGCGAUAAAUAAUUAUCAGUAUGAACCAUUGCAAACUAGAUUGUUGCGUAACAGGUUCGAGUCCUCAUUUAAAAAAAUAGCACUUAAUCAGCUUAAAAUGACUUCAGACUUACCAAUAACACCAUCUGAAAAUUGGGUUCGCAAAGAAUUCUUGGACAUCGUUUUAAGCUACCCUACAAAUGUUCCUGAAUCCCCAGUCCUAGGAGCCUGCACAUCGGCUUCAACGACGCCUGAUAGGUGCAGGAUGUGGGGAGGCCUAGAAAUCCAAGGUAUAAAGAAAGCAACACAAGCGAUAAAACAGCACAACGAUUAUAAUAAUGGUAUUACGUCUAGCCCGCCGCUCCCAUCAGAGAAUUUCUUGAAAAAGGCAAAAUUUCUUCCCGAAAACCAAAGUACUUUGGAGACUUAUAAUAACUUUCGAGCACAAGGGCCAGAUCAUCGCCCAGCAACUCAACAACAGGUCGGUCAAUCUCAAGCAUCGGCUCUUCAACCAUACGGUGCUCAACAGGCUGGUGGUUUCAUGGGUGGCUAUUCACAUGGUUAUGCAAGUGAACAGCCACCAAUUUAUCCUACAAUUUAUCCUGAUUAUCUUACUCAGUAUCAAGAAAAUCAGGGUAGUUAUUCAGAUAGUCAAUCGUGGGCUAUGCAACCUUCUACAUCGGCUACUCAAUCAUACAUAGGUCAACCGCCUGGUGGGAAUACGGGCGCUCAUUCAUAUGGUUAUCAAAGUGGUCAAGCAAGUCAAGGUGGACAAGAUGAUCAGCAUUAUUAUUACCAAGGAAGUGGUCGCUAG